AUGGCUCGCUACUCGUCUCUGUCAGUCUUGGCCAUUGCUCUCAUUCUCGCCGUGUCAGUUGCGGAAGCCGUCCGCGUACCCGAUGCGUUCUCCGUUCUCCGAUCGCCAGCGGACGAUGUGGAAUCAUCGGAUAAGAAUGCCAUUCUGGACGGCGGCGAAGGCGAGAUCCUGGAGCUGAACCUGCAAAGCGUCUUCAAUGUGCCACGUGUCGUUCCUGAAGAAUCUGGAGAAGUGAUUUUGGACGGCGGAUUGGAGGAAGAAGUGGCUGCGUCGGCACGUGCUGCCUUACUCCGUUCACGAAGCGGCUGGGAGGAUCUAAUCCAUGCUGUCGAGGAGAGCGACAACCAGGGCGACUCCGCCGACGUGCAUGUUGCGAUCAGUGAGUGGCUCGCGAAACACCCGAAGUUCGAAGUAACAUCGCUCUUUGACGAUGAUAGCGGCGAAGUGUUUGUUGAAGUGGAGGAGGAAGAAGCGUAA